AUGGGACCGUGGGUAGUCGCCAAGCAAAAUAUUGAUCGCAAGGAGCUGCGUGACUGGGAUGCCAGCGCGCGCGCAUGGCUUUGCAUCGCGGAUAAAGUCAAGAAAAAGCAGCAAAGUCGAUGUUUUCUGGCUCUUGAUCAAUUCGAUCUAAAGAUGGCGAGCCGCUCCGGGCUAUAUUACGGCGUGAUUGAAGUUUAG